UAGAUAGAUAUAUCUAUCUACUGUAUAUCUAUAUAUCUCCCUCUUUCUCGAUAUACUGUAUAUACACGCUAGUUUACACUAUUAUAUAUCUGAUGAUGGUCCUUGAUGUAUCACAACACCAAAAAAUAUCGAGAAACACUGCCCUAUAGUGAAUGUCUUAAAUUCUUUCUCAACUUUGCCACUACCAAGUGUCAAUUUUUAUUGCAGCAUUUUUUUUUGUCUAAUUUUCUAGUGUUCAGAUUUGUGUUAACUUUCAUAGUUUUAUGUGUAUUGCUAUAAAACGUAAUAUUGUGAGCACUGCUUAGAAGAAAUUUUAGUGGAGAUUUGUUUUGAGCAUAUACAUUAAUGCUUGUACAGGCUUUCUUGCUGGUUCAAGAGAGAAUGGAGCGGUGUGUCAGUGGACAAAGUAAUAUUUAUCGAAGACCACUGUCAAGCCUUGCACGGAGAAUCAUGUCAGCCAUUCGAUUUGAAAGUACAGGGCGGGACAUUUUCUUGAGAAAGGAGCAGCAAACACAAAUGAAUAUGAAUCAAGAGUCUCCUUCUGAAAUAGGUGAAAAAAUGUUGAGAGACAUAAAAACACGAAGAACUGCAACACCCAUCAGCUUACUUGACAGUGCAUCUCAGGAAGGGCUAGACUCCUCUGAAAGUCACAAAGGACUUUAUAAUGACAAACAGUGCUUUGUGUUAAGACCUGGAUGUAAACAAGUUCAAGAAGCAGCUGAUUGGAUAACUGGCAAAAGCGAUGUUUGCCAUCCUUGGGAAAAUACAUCCAGAGCAAAUCCCUUCCCUUUAUUAAAUGAGAAGAAUAAUUAUUACUUUGAAACUGCUUAUGCAGGAAAUAUUGAUGUCAAUUGUAAACAGACCAGUCCUUGUAAAAUCUUUCAUGAAAAGAUCACAUCUUCAGCAGUAGAUCAAACAAUGCCUGUUUUAGAAGGCGCUGAAGAACUUAAAGAGAGUCAAGAAACUAAAACAGUUGGAACUGCAAACCGAACUUCCAAAAAUGCUAAGUGCAUUCCCUCACUGAAAAGGAAACACAGCUUUAUGAAUAGAAAAACUAAAAAAUCAUACAAGGGGGCACCUGCACUGUCUUCUGGCUGUAUGGAACAAUUUAUUAACAUCCCGAGAAAUGAUCACAUGAACAGUUUUAUAAAUGUUCCCAAAAAGCAUUUGCCAAAUUCACAGUACAAGAUUAUUGAUAUAUCAGAUCUUGACAAACAUGAUUGUUCUUAUCUCCUGAGAAAUGCAAAACAAGCAAAAGGCUUUGCUGUAACUAUGGUUUAUCAUGAUGGAACAUCACAGCUCACUACAACGCAGAAAGAUCCUACUACACUUAACUAA